AAAAAAAAAAAAAACAAAUGGAUCGUAAACGUGUUAAUGGACCUGAGACAAGUGUCACCCCUAUUUUCAAAAAAGUAGAAGAAACACCUAUAAUUUUAGAUGCUGAAAAGAAGAGAUUAGACAAAAGAAGCGUUGAAGAUCUCAGACCUAUUUUUUUAAAAUCAGGACUCGUAACACAGGCAAAUGGAUCAGCAUAUAUUGAAAUUGGAAAUACAAAAGUGACAUGUGCAGUAUAUGGUCCUAGACAAUUAAAAAAAGCAGAAUUCUCUCCCUUAUGUAAACUUAAUUGUGAUUUUAAAUUUUCAACCUUUUCAUGCAUAAAAAGAAGAGGGCAGAUAAGAGAUGCAGAGGAAAAGGAAUUUUCUCAAAUCUUAGUAGAAGCACUUACACCUGCUGUCAGAGUUGAAUUAUUACCAAAAUCAGCAAUUGAUAUUUAUGUAAAUGUACUUGAAAAUGAUGGAACAAGCUCUUGUCUUGCAGCUGCCAUCAUUGCUUCCAGUGUUGCUUUAGCAGAUGCAGGUAUUGAGAUGUUAGAUCAGGUUACAGCCUGUUCAUCUAUUUUAACAAAGGAACAACAUAUUUUAAUGGACGGUACAGAAAAAGAGGAAAAUCAAAAGGAAGGUUCUUUAGUAUUAUCUUAUAUGCCAUCACUUAAUGAAGUCACUCACAUUCUUCAAAAUGGACAAUCAGAUAGUGCUAUUACUUCAAAGGCAAUUGAGCAAUGUAUAGAUGGUUGCUCAAAGAUUUAUAGUGUCAUGUCAAAUUCUUUAUUACAAUCAUUAGAUAGAUCAAAAGCAGUUGUUUAAUACUAUACAUAAUAAAAGAUAUUAUAAUGUUUAUACAUAUCUAUCUUUA